UGCCCUGUAGCAAAGAGAUUUCCGCAGUCACAACCAAAGGGAAAGCAGGAGCAACCUGCUCUGGGCCACUUCAGAGUCUGUCGUCAGGAAAGGAAUAAAUACAUGAAGAAAUCGUGUCCCAGAGUCUUCCAGGAAGCAUGGGAGGACGGAAGAUGGCCAGGGAUGAGGAAAGCACCUAUGGUUCCGAGGAUGAUGCGCGGACCCAGCAGGAGCCCCAGCUGAGGCUGGUCCUUGUCGGGAGGACAGGAGCUGGCAAGAGCGCCACGGGCAACAGCAUCCUGGGCCAGCGGCGCUUCUUCUCCAUGCUGGGGGCCAAGUCGGUCACCACAGCCUGCUCCGCCUCCAGACGGCGAUGGGCCCAGUGGCAGGUGGAAGUCGUGGACACCCCAGACAUCUUCGGCUCCAACACCCACCAGAUGGACCCCGGGUGCUUGGAGAGAGCCCGCUGCUACCUGCUGUCGGCGCCCGGGCCGCACGCGCUGCUCCUGGUCACCCAGCUGGGCCGCUACACCGCCCAGGACCACGAGGCGCUCCGCAGGGUGAAGCAGAUGUUCGGGGACGACGUGAUGGCGCGAACCAUCGUGGUCUUCACGCGGAAGGAGGACCUGGGCGACGACUCUCUGCAGGAUUACGUGCGCUACACGGAGAACCAGGCGCUGCGGGAGCUGGUGGCCGAGUGCGGGGGCCGCGUGUGUGGCCUGGACAACCGCGCCACCGGGGCGGAGCAGGAGCAGGUGGAGCAGCUGCUGGGCUUGGUGGUGCGCCUGGUGAGGGAGCACCGGGGUGCGCACUACACCAACGAGGUGUAUGAGCUGGCGCGGGCCCUGCAGAGCGCAGACCCCGAGGAGCGGCUCCGAAGGGUGGCAGAGAAGUUGGUGGCGCGCGAACAGAGGUGCCUGGGCGUCAGGCUGCUGUUGAGGUUGUGGGAGUGGCGGAAGCCCUUGAGGAUGGGCUGGAGACGGGGCAUGGCUGCCUUCCUGAGUGUAGCCCUCCUGCUCUACCUGCUGUUCUUGAGAAAGGCUCCCGACGCAGUGGGCGAUCUAAAUGACAGCGCUUAGAAGAUGCAAAGACUUGGAAAGAAAAACACUGAAGGCUUAGAACUCAGAAGAGUGUGGGAUGGAGUGACGAUUUUAUUCCGAAAGAACCCUGUGCUUUACUCUCAGACCGUUAGUGACAAGGGACACGAAAUACGACCUCUACUAAGGCUCAAAACUGUUUGGUCUCAACUUUUAAUUCUAUAUAUACAGAGUUUUAAAAAUAAA